AUGUCCGGCCCAAACCUUCAUAAUGCUCUCCUCCGGCCUCCAAUCAUCCAAAUCCUCCGCGCCCAAGGCUUCCACUCCACGCGUCCUUCCGUCAUAGAGUCCUUGCAAGAUCUCACCGGCCGUUAUAUUCAAAUUCUAGCUUCCUCCGCAGCAGACCACGCCGCGAAUGCGCACCCAGAUGACCCCGUCCCGAAACUUGAAGAUAUCUACCAAGCUCUACAGGAUGCGGGCGCCAUACGUCCCCAACUACGUGAAAUCGAUGAAGACUGGCAGGGCGAAGAGGAUAUGCGUGGCCUUCAAUCAUUCCUUGGGUGGAUCAAAGGUCCAGCUCAUGCUGAAAUUCGACGAUGUGCAGGAUUCCUACCGAGCGAGGGGGACAUGAUUGAUCCCGAAGCGAUUGAAAAGGAGGAUUAUUUGACUGCUCUGAAGAAGAAACACAGCAAGACCGGUGAAGAGUCUCGCUACGCUGGGACGGUUUUAGGCAUUCGUGCCGAGGAGCACCCGGUCAUCAUCGAGGGAGGUGUCCCAAGCAUCCAAGAAUGGGGCGUCCAAAUGCGUGCUCGUGCCUCCGAAAGUGGAGGCAUGGAUAGCGAUACUUCCGGCGUCAGUAGCGCCCCCAGUCAUCUCUCCGACGAAGAAGUCAUGGGUGCCUGA